AAGGAAGGAAGACCAUGAAGCGAUUCCUUUUUCUAAGUCUCGGCUUGCUGGUUGUGGCCCUCUCCUUAAGGGGAAGUGGAGCCAACCUCCAAUGUCCCUUCGAGUGGUCCUUCUUUAAUGGGCAUUGCUACAAGGUCUUCAAAACUCUCAAGAGCUGGCGUGAGGCAGAGAUAUCCUGCAGGCAGCAGGAGGAAGGCAGCCACCUCGCCUCUAUCCAAAGCUGGGCGGAGUCAGCUUACGUGGCCAAGUUGACCUCCCACGAUGUCUUCCUCAUCAAUGUCUGGAUCGGACUGAGUGAUCCAGAGAAACGACGCAUCUGGAAGUGGAGUGAUGGCUCCAGGUUCCUCUACAGAUCCUGGAAACGAGGAGAACCCAACAACUUUUUAUGGAACGAGUACUGCGUGGAACUGUGGAGCUGGUCAGGGUACCUUUCAUGGAACGAUCAGAAUUGCAGGUCCAGGCGUUAUUUCGUCUGCAAGUUCGAGCCCCAGGACGAGGGCAGCACCUGGUGAAGCCUGGAGAGGCAAGGAAAGACCUGCCUGCCUGCCAAAAUCUCGGCUCUGCACACCCAUCACUUCACGGACAUGGAUGCUUUCUGACUUUGCUCUUCCUGUUGGGCCAGAAGGUCAAAUAAAAAUCUGUCUAGCAUGA